AUGAUCAGCAAACUCAAAGGUUCUGAGGCUCGAGCCACAUCAAACUAUACCAACCCUUAUGCAGUGGAUGUGAUCAAGGUAAAGAGAAGAGAUCUGAUUUAUGGAAUCUCACACACUGAGGAUCUGCUGGAUCUUCUCGUCACAGAAGGAGCCAUAACGGCAGAGAAGAGGUCCGUCGUCUUGACCAUCAGGACUCAUAUAGAUCAGAACUCCAGAGUCCUGGACAUCCUGGAGGCCAGAGGUGAGAGAGCAUGUCGGAAAUUCUUCCAUCCCUGUCUAAUGCUGGCAGAACCAGACCUCUACCAGCGAAUCAAGACCUACGUGGGCAGUGUGAACGAAUAUAUUCAAGAUUCAAAGACACAGUUGAUUGGGUAUUUGCUGGAGAAGGACAAUGAAGGGAUGGAUCAAUUAAAAAACCAAACUGUAACUCAGAAGAUUCCAACUUUGCAUGCCAUUAAAGAAGCCAAGAGAUAUAAGACUGAGAGGGCAGGAAGAAAAAACACGCUGCUUGGAAAAGAAGACAAUAAACCAGCGGAGAGUAAAUCAGAAAACCUCAUUCACAUGAUUGCUGCAAAUGGGGAAGUGGAGCUACUAGAGGAGCUGUUAGGAGACACUGACAUCAACACUGUCAAUGCCUCCAAUGAGACUCUGUUACAUGCAGCAGCAGAACAUGGACAUUUAUCCAUCAUUCAGCUCUUGAUCCAUAAAGGAGCCAGACUGGACCUGCAGGACAACGUUGGUCACACAGCUCUUCACAAAGCAGCCAGCAUGGGUCACACUGACAUCAUGAGGGUCCUUAUAAAGGCUGGGGCCUCCAUCCACACUCUAGAUUUGCAUGGAAAAAACCCCAUUCACCUGGCAGUGGAUGAUGAACACCUGGAUUCUGUAAAAAUCCUGGUGGAAGAGGAGGUCAAGCAGUCUGAGAGCCACAACCAGGACAUGUUUCUCCACAUGGCAGCUAUGGAAGAUAACUGUAGGCUUGCUGAGCUGUUGCUGCAGAACGGAGCUGCUGUCGAUGCCAUAAACAGCCAUGAAAAGACAGCUCUGUUCAAUGCAGUCAAGAGAAACAAUGAGAAAAUGGUGAAAAUGCUUCUCAAGGCAGGAGCCUCAGUUGACCAAGAUGCUUUAAAUGAAGCCAUUAAUCUCCAUGAAGCAACAAUUCUCCAGCUGCUGCUUGAGAAUGCAAGAGUUGUUCUGAGUGAAGAAGCACUGGGCUCCGCUCUUCUCUCAGCUGUAAGACAGAACCAUGACGGAGCAGUGACUACACUGAUAGACAAUGGAGCAGAUGUGAACAUCUGUGACAAACAAGGAUACACUCCUGUCCUCCUGUCGGCCGAGCUGGGACACACUGAAGUCUUCAGAGUGCUGGCAGCAAAACAAGCCAAACUGGACACCACUUUACCUGACCUCUCCUCUGCGUUGCACCUGGCUGUCCAUGGUGGCAGCAUUCCCAUAGUACAGAAUCUUCUGGAACAAGGAACGGAUCCCAACGUCACUGGAGCUAAAGGCCAGAUGCCCCUUCACCUGGCAGCUCAGUGCAACAGGGCGGGCUUAACUGGUCUGUUGUUAGAAGCUGGAGCUCAGGUGAAUGCAGUGAACCAGGAUGGACUGACUCCUCUGCAUGUAGCAGGUCAACAGGGUCACUCAGACACAGUGAUCCAGCUUCUUCAGGGUAAAGCAGAUCCAAAAGUCAAAGACAGGCAGGGGAGGACAGCUCUGCAUUGGGCAGCAGCUUCUCAAGAAGAAAGCUGUGUGGUAGACCUGCUGCUGUCAGCCAAAACCAACCCAAACAUUACCGAUAACGAGAAGAAAACUGCUCUCCAUGUGGCUGCGGCAGCAGGACAAGUAGAUGCAGUCACCUCACUGUUGUCCUACAAGGCAAAAGCAGGAACACGAGACAUGGACGGCUCCACACCUCUACAUUACGCAGCAGCUGGUGGACAUGCUGGCGUGGUUUCAGCUCUGCUGCAUUCACUCAACAACAAGGGGAUAGAAGACAGGAACGCAUGGAGGAAAACACCACUUCAUGCUGCAGCUGAGAAAGGCCAUGAUAAUGUGGUUGGGCUGCUCCUGGAGGCUGGAGCAAAGAUCAACAGCACAGAUCAGAAUAAAGACACUCCUCUGCACUGUGCUGCUCGCGGUGGACACCAGGAGGUGAUGAAGAGGCUUGUAAACUGGGGCCAAGCUGGGCAGAAAGGACGGAGGAAUCAGGUCAAUCUACAAUCUACAAAUAAUGUGGGCAGGACGGCGCUGCAGCUGGCAGAGAGUGGAGACACACCAGAACAUGAGAACAUAGUCAUUUUACUCAAAAAGAAGAUGUUUCUCACCAAGUAG